AUGACGGCAACAUCUCCUUUGAAUGUGUCUGCUAUGCAGAUUGUCCAAAUUCACCACUAUGCUGCUCAUUCGAAUUCUUCGGAACUGGAUAAACUAUUUCAAGAUGAUGCAGUUUGGAUUAUUACGAGCAGUUUCAUCAUUUUCACGAUGCAUUCAGGAUUUGGCCUACUAGAAUCCGGAAGUGUGUCAGCGAAGGAUGAGGUGAACAUCAUGGUCAAGAACGUUGUUGAUGUGGUCUUCGGUGGUCUGUCCUACUGGAGCGUUGGCUAUGGCUUGAGUUAUGGGGAUUACGAGCCGUUCAGGAACAGUUUUAUUGGAUUUGGACGGUUUUUCUAUGAUCCAACGAGGGAAGAAUCCUCAGUGAACGAGGAAGGCUGGUCAUAUGCAGCUUUUCUCUUCCAACUCAGCUUAGCUACCACUGCUUCUACCAUCGUGUCUGGCGCAGUAGCGGAGCGAGCGAAAUUGAAAUCUUACAUUUUACUUGGUUGCCUUGUUAUUCUCAUACAGGCUUUACCUGCUCACUGGGUAUGGGACAGCGAAGGUUUCUUCUACAAACUCGGCGUUGUCGACUUUGCCGGAUGUUCCGCUGUCCACAUGGUCGGUGGCAUUAUUGGUUUGAUAGCUACUGUUUAUCUCAAACCAAGGCGGAAUCGCUUCAAUGAGGAUAGUGUCCACCAAAUGAGCUCACCCACAAACGCACUGCUUGGAACUUUUCUUCUGUGGUGGGGAUGGUUCGGUAUCAAUGCGGGUUCCGUUUGGGGAAUCACAAGCGGGAGAUGGCGGCUCGGAGCAAGAGCAGCCGUUGCGACGAUAAUGAGCUCAAUUGGUGGGGGUGCGACAUCCAUUGUUAUAAGCUUUGUAAAAACGAAAAAACUGCAAGUUAAUUUUCUUAUAAACGGGAUAUUAUCAUCUAUCGUGUCCAUAACAGCACUAUGCGCUGUUUCACGACCGUGGCAUGCACUCAUCAUUGGUGGAGUCUCGGCGGCCUUUUCUAUAUCGGUGCUACCGUUACUCGACCGGUUUCAAGUGGAUGACCCUGUAGGGAUUGUCCCAAUUCAUCUCACUUCUUCCAUUUGGGGUAUGGCUGCUGUUGGGAUUUUCUGCGAGCAAGACCGAUAUUUGGCAGGAGCUACCAACGGUCUAGCUGGGGUACUGUACUCAGGAAAGUUCACUUUACUUGGAGUACAGCUGUUGUGUACAUUAACAAUACUGGUCUACAGUGCAACUUGCGGUUUACUUGCCCUCUUCUUGAUUAGCAAGAGUCCGCUUGGUUUGAGAGUUACCGACUAUGAAGAACAGAUAGGAGCAGAUGUGAUAGAACAUGGUUUGGCUGGAACAAAUGUGGCUAGAUACGUGCUUGAAAAGCCAUUGAGCACUAGAACAUUCCAAACAGUCACAAAAGCGAUAACGAAGUGGAAAAUGAUGGCCAAAGCAAAGAGUCGCUCAAAACGCAUGGAACAAAUGCGGCAAAAACGGCUCGACGAAGAAAAAGCUCUCACAACUGGUACUUCCCCAAAUGGAGCUAACGGAGAUGUAGUCCAAAGCAAUGGUACUGUACUACAACAACGUAAGGCCUCGAUAGUAUCGCAAGCUUUGAGUGCUCUCUCAUCUCCACGAAGAGCUGUGGCCGAUUUUCCUGAAGUUCCUGAUGUUCCCGAAUUGGAGGGACAAGCUUACGAAGGUCGUGUUUCGUCUAGAAGGUCGACAAUCUCAGCUCAUGCAGGCUCGUCUAAUACAGGGAAAACAGAGAGCAAAAUUGAUGAAACCCGCAGCGAAACACAAAGCGGCCAAUCUCCAGAAGACGUUAAGAGCUCUACUCCAUCGGCUUCUACUCCUCCUGUGACUAGCGGCAACAUUACAGUAAACGUCAAUCCGGCCGGUUCCUCAAAACCGACGACAGUCGGCAAAUUUGUGCGAUCCCCUUUGGCACGGCCACUCACUCCUCCAGACGACAUCAGCAUGGAUGCCGCAUCCAUCUCCGCUCCCGCAACAGGAGGUCGCGGCAACAAAGUUGCUCCAGAAUAA